GACGUGAAGUUCGCGGGGGAAGUUUGGCGCGGUUCGUUACCACGUGACCGCGCGUGUGAAUCGCCGGCGCUGCGGCUGGGAAGGACGCGAGAGUGUUUCGCGGUGUGUGUUAUGGUCCGCGCGUUUUCGUUCGCGGAACGAAAUGAGGGCGACGACGCAGCGACGCGGCCGUCGAUGAACCCUAAGGAUAGAUGCGCGGAUCUCGCGUUGGUCGAACAAGGCGCGUGGCCCUGCAAGUGCGCUAGCAGUCCCCAGGCUUGUACGCCGCUCGCCGUCGGCGCGGGCAUGAUGCCACGAGGUCUGCCGACGAGACGCGGCCUGCAGGCGUUAGCGCUCGUCAUCGCUACCGCCUACGCUACGAUUCUCCUCUACCAGGCCGUCGCACCGCGCCAGUGGGUCGACGAGAUGAACGUGGCGGAAGUGAAUAGCCGAAGCGUGAUAGUGGAGGUGCCGGCGUCGAGAAAGUUAAUCAGCGAGGAGUUGCCGGUGACGCCGCCGGUGGCGACGGCGACUAUGGCACCGUUCACGACGAACCUCGACGACGUGUUUAUCAGCGUGAAGACCACCAAGCACUAUCAUCACUCGCGCUUGCCGGCCAUCGUCGAUACGUGGUUCCAGUUCGCCAGGAAUCAGACCUGGUUCUUCACCGACAGAGACGAUCCUUAUUUCCAAAAUCAAACCAACGGCCACAUGAUCAACACUAAAUGUUCAUCCUCGCACAAUCGGCGUGCCCUUUGUUGCAAGAUGUCGGUGGAGUUCGACAGAUUUCUCGACAGUGGCCGAAAGUGGUUCUGCCACUUCGACGAUGAUAAUUACGUGAACGUGCCGCGCCUACUGAAGCUUCUGGACAAUUAUAAUCCACGCGAGGAUUGGUAUCUCGGCAAGCCCUCGAUACCUGCGCCCUUGGAGAUCAUCAGGCAGGGCCCGGAGCCGCAGAAACGACCGCAAAAGGUGAAAUUUUGGUUCGCCACGGGCGGCGCCGGAUUCUGCAUCAGUCGAGCAUUGGCGUUGAAGAUGACGCCGGUGGCUGGUGGAGGAAAGUUCAUCACCGUCGGCGACAGAAUCAGGUUGCCAGAUGAUGUAACAAUGGGAUACAUCAUCGAGUACCUUCUUAAAAAGCAACUCACUGUGGUGGAGCAAUUCCACUCGCACUUGGAGCCGAUGAAGUUCCUGAGUAGGGAUACCUUCCAUGAACAGGUCUCUUUUAGUUAUUCUAAAGGACCUAGAGAUGAAUGGAAUAUUCUAAAGAUUGAUGGUUUUGAUAUAAGGGACGAUCCAAAGAGAUUUAAAUCCAUCCACUGUCAUCUGUUUCCACACGUUCAUUAUUGUCCGCACAGAUGAUGAAGAUCGCACGACGCAUGUAUGAAUAAAAGUCGAACACUGAUCUCUCGCUGUUAUAAGAAGAAAAUGUAAUGUAAGUUCUUGUAAAGAGGACGAAGCAGUAUGUAUCAAUUGCGAAAGAAACAGAAGAUCGACGUAUGGUAAGGAGCAUAAUUUAAUCAAUAACAUAUUUUAGAAAAAUUAUUAUUUAUUUUUAUACAUGUAUAAGAAGGUGUAAAGACAUCAUCAAAAUUGAUGAAUUCUGUUGACUUUACAUUAUUGCGCAUUUAGACAUACAAUUGAAGGACUUGUUGCAACAAUGGGCUACACACAAUAACUCAAAAUAUAUUUGACUAUGAUAUUGGAUGUAUUUUAUCAUUUUAACUUUGAAGUUUUUCUCCAUUUUUUAAAAAUA